AGCAGAAUAUGAAGUUGUUUUAUAGCACUGGGGCUUUCCGCAUGCAGUGAACGGUUAUAAUUUAUAAAAAUGACUCGGCUGUUCUUAAUUUUCCAUCUCCACCAGGCUAUCCUUGCUGGAGCAAGGUACUGUCCCCAAAUUGCUCCAGUAGAAUUGCCCAGCUGUGUAUGAGUAAAUAACUGAAGCCUAUGGACCCAAAUAAGCCACGAUUGCCAUGGACCCCAGGUGCGGCCCGCAUGCCCUGGUGGCAGCAGCCGGGACGGGGCCGUGGCGUCUUACCUGAGGAAGCAGCGUUCGCACGUGGCUGCAGACUGCCCUUUACACAGGAACUCGCUAGCAAACUGGCAGCAGAUGUGCAAGUGACCAGGGACCUGUCAGCCAUGCAGUACAGCAGGGAGUCCCCAUACCCUGUAGGCAGGGGGUCUGCUGUGCUUGCCAGAGGUGUGACCUUACCCUCAGAGAAAAGACCUGGCCUUACCCGUGGGCUUUCUCUGUCUGUUGAAGAGCCCUGUUCUGGGGUUACUGGGGAGCCGACCACCCCCAUGGAGAAGAUCAGAUUUGGUCAUAAGCAAAUGCUGCCCCUUCCUGUUUUAAAGCCAAGUACUGGGGUUGCUAGAGGGGUGGCCUUUCAGAGUCUUGAGACUGGCUUUGCACCCAGAGGAGAGCCCAUCCCACCAUCGCCUGAGGUGUCCAUUAUAUCAAAAGAUAUCCAUGUGCCAGAGGAGCAGGAGCAAGUGGCACCACACACUGUCCUGCAGGCGGAUGUGUCCUCCCUCACUCCAUCGCUGGUGUCUAUGUUUCGUGGGAUAGGAAUUGAGCCUGCAAAGACCUGUUGGGGUCGUGGAUUACGGUCAGGACUGGGGGCUAUGGGAGACCAGGGUCUAGAGCCCAAACCAGAGCGCACAGCCACUCUUCCUGAAUUUAUCCCUACUGGAGGAGCUAUGGGCCCUGGUCAAAAGCAGUGUCCAGAGGAGGUGAUAGGUCACAGCAGUUUGCCAGGACGCAGGCCAUGGCCUCAGAUGGGUGGAGUUGGCCAGGCAGUGCCAUCCUGGGGACGAGGCCUCCCUGCCUCCCCUGUAGUUUUGCAAACUGCAGCUCAGUCUCUGUUGACACCCUCUGUGGCCCUCAUGCACCGAGCCAGUCUGUCCCUACCUAAAGAGCUAUCGGAGAGCCCUAUGAAGCCAGAAGUUUCCAAGGAAGAGGUGAAGACGGAACCCCCAAGUGAACCAUUGCAGAAGAAAGGCACAAAAGGAAGCCCUCUUUUGGUUGCCUCUAACUACAUCCCCAUCCGUUGCACUAAUGAUGCUGUGUACCAGUACUCCGUGACUUUCACUCCCAAUGUGGAUUCCAUGAGCAUACGGUUUGGCAUGAUGAAAGAGCAUCGCGCUACUACGGGGGAGGUUGUAGCUUUUGAUGGCUCCAUUCUGUAUCUCCCCAUCAGACUGGACAAGGAGGAAAUCCACUUGAAAUGUGAGAGGCAGACAGACAAGCAGGAGAUUGACAUAAAGAUCCAGAUGACUAAGAUUCUCUCGCCAACCUCUGAUCUAUGCAUCCCCUUUUAUAACGUUGUCAUGAGACGGGUAAUGAAAAUCCUGGAAUUGAAACUGGUGGGUUAUAAUCAUUAUGAUCCCAGAAGUGCAGUCAUUCUGGCAAAACACAGGCUCCAGGUGUGGCCAGGGUAUUCGACCUGCAUCAAGCGCAGUGAUGGAGGACUUUAUCUGUUUGUGGAUGUGUCUCACAAGGUGAUACGAAAUGACUCGGUGCUGGACGUCAUGAAUGCAAUCUACCAGCAGAGCAAGGAGAGUUUCCAGGAUGAAUGUGUUAAGGAGCUGGAAGGAAGCAUUGUAAUGACUCGCUACAAUAAUCGAACAUAUCGCAUUGAUGGCAUUGAUUGGACUAAGUCCCCAAAGGACACUUUCACCUUACUGGAUGGGACACAGACAACUUUCAUCGACUACUACAGUAAGAAUUAUGGAAUUACCAUAAAAGAGCUGGAUCAGCCGCUGUUGGUGCAUCACCCAAAGGAGAGGUCCAAGCCAAGAGGAAAGCUUAUAACAGGACAAAUCCUCAUCCUCCCGGAGCUCUCCUUCAUGACGGGAAUUCCAGAAAAGAUGAGGAAGGACAUACGAGCUAUGAAGGAGUUGACCAUGCAUAUCAACAUGAGUGGGGAGCAGCACCUUCAAUCUGUCAAGAAACUUCUCCAGAACAUCAACUCCAACCAGGAGGCACUGAGAGAGCUUGCCCGCUGGGGCCUGGUUAUCAGCAGCAAUACUCUGACGUGUGAAGCAAGAAUUCUGCCCACAGAGACUGUUUACCUGCAGACAGCCUCCUUCACAUCCCCUCCAGACCUCAUCUGGUCCAGGGAAGUGGUCAGGGACAUCUCCAUAAGCUGCAUGUCCCUGAAAUGCUGGUGCCUCUUCUUCCCACGGCGGUGCGUGGAGCUGGCUGAUGAACUGGUGACAACCUUAAUGAAGGUGGCUGGGCCCAUGGGCUUCCAACUAGACCGGCCAAUCCUCGUAGAGCUGAGAAGUGACAGCACCGAAAACUAUGUCAGGAGCAUCAAUUCCCAGCUGACCAGCGAGCCCAAUAUGCAGCUGGUGCUGUGCAUCGUGACAGGCAAUAGGGACGAUCUCUACGGGGCCAUCAAAAAGCUUUGUUGCAUCCAGAACCCUGUCCCUUCGCAAGUUAUAAAUGCUUAUACCAUCUCCCACCCUCAAAAGCUAAGGAGCAUCACUCAAAAAAUCCUGCUGCAGAUAAACUGUAAACUGGGAGGAGAACUGUGGGCUGUGAACAUCCCUUUGAAACACUUAAUGGUGAUUGGAGUUGAUGUUCAUCACGACCCCAGUAAGAAAAACAGGUCUGUGAUGGGAUUUGUUGCUAGCCUCAACAGUGCAAUGACACAGUGGUAUUCACGAGUGGUGUUCCAGAUGCCAAAUGAAGAAAUGAUAAGUGGAUUUAGGGUUUGUCUGAUUGCAGCUCUGCAAAAGUAUUACGAGGUAAACCAUCACUUCCCGCAGAAGAUUGUGGUAUACAGAGACGGAGUUUCUGACAGCCAGCUAAAGAUGAUUGAGCUGUACGAGAUCCCUCAACUGCACGAGUGCUUCCAGACGUUCCCAGACUUUGAACCCAAGCUGACCUUCAUGGUGGUCCAAAAGAGAGUUAGCGUCACAUUGUACUCAUUGGCCAGAGACUCAUAUGGGACUCUACCCCCCGGCAUCCUCUUAGACCACACAGUCACCAGCAGAGAAUGGCUGGACUUCUACCUGAUGUCCCAUCACACCCGCCACGGCCGCAGCCUUCCAACACGUUACAUCUGUGUGUACAACACCGCCAAUUUCACUCCAGAUCAUUUACAAAGAUUGACCUUCAAGAUGUGCCACAUUUACUGGAACUGGCCUGGAACAAUUCGUGUGCCCGCACCGUGCAAAUACGCACACAAACUAGCAUUUCUCUCAGGCCAGUACCUGCACUCAGAUCCUGCAGUCCAGCUGAGGGACAAGCUGUUCUUCCUCUGAAUUUGUUGACACAAAGAGGGGAGGCAACUGUUAAGUAAAAAACACUCCUACAAAUAUUUUAGUUGAAUUUGAAAGUUACCACAAACGUUUUUAGUUUCCAUUGAGUUAUGUUUUGUAAGUUACGGUUGUUCUUAUGUGGUGCCGAUGAGCAAAUGUUUUCUUAAAUCUAAACUUGCAGUCACAUGGUUAGGUUAUACAGCAAAUAAGCUCUCGGCAAGAUGCACACCACCUAAUCAGGAUCUGGAUGUUGUACUAUUCAGCAGUGACUACUAGUGAGGUUAGGAUCCUUGCUGAAAUCUCCUUGGACUCUGAUUAAAAAACAGGUCCAUAAUAAUAAUAAUAAUAAUAAUAAUAAUAAUAUUACAGCCUUUCGUAUUUGUGUUCUCAGGACUAGUGGAUAACUUCUGAAUAUGGCAAACCAUCGUCUGCCCUUAUAAACCUUAUUGUAGCAAUCAGUUGUUCCCCUUCUCAGGAUAUGUUUUAUCAGCAGCUUGUUCAAAAUAUUCUUUACAAAUUCACUGUGUGAAAAAAGGAUUAGAUUUUUCUGGCUAUAAUUUUAGCUAGUACACAGCCUGCUCUGACCAGUAAUUCCUGUUUGGUGGACAUGCUCUAUAACAGCAGUCUGUAUUUAAUUAUAUUUUGAAUACCCGAACUUCACGAAAUUUACUUGAAAUCUGUCAAACGUAGCGUGAGCUGGUGGGCAGUCCAACCCAGGGCAGGAGGUGCGAUCUGAAAGGUGGACAGCUCUUGGACCUGCCCGCACCUUAAGUGAAUAAUGAUCGCUGGCUGCAUGCGCUCUAAACCAAUGAGGAGGGA